UAUUUACCGAAGCGGAGCCGCGGGCUGUGACGGCAGCAGAGCCCCUCGCCUCUCCGGGCGCACCGGUCGGCACUGUUCUCCCGCGCGGGGCUCCCGCGCCCGCCCGCGGGCCGUUGGGAGCGGGGGAGGCGGAGGCGGCCCGAGGCCAGAGCACCCGCCAGGCGCCGAGGGGAAUAUGAAACAGGUGUCAAAAUGACAUCCAGAUUUGGAAAAACUUACAGUAGGAAAGGAGGAAAUGGCAGUUCAAAAUUUGAUGAAGUUUUUUCCAACAAACGGACUACUCUUAGUACAAAAUGGGGAGAGACCACAUUUAUGGCUAAAUUAGGGCAAAAGAGGCCCAAUUUCAAACCAGAUAUCCAAGAAAUUCCGAAGAAACCUAAAGUAGAAGAAGAAGAUACUGGAGAUCCUUUUGGUUUUGAUAGUGAUGAUGAGUCUCUACCUGUUUCUUCAAAAAAUUUAGCCCAGGGUAAGGGUUCAUCUAGUGAAGCUGCUCAGCCCGAAGAAGCCACGUCUGUACUUGAAGCUAAUAGCACAUUUAGUCAUGUGGUGGGUGAAGACAGUUUGGCCUCUGAUAAAUGCUUACUUAUGGAGGAUGCUUUGAUUGGGAAGGAAAAGAGCACACAUAGAAUCUCAGAAGACAAUGCAAACAAAAGUAGUUGUGCUAAAUUAAUAACUUCAGAUAAAGUGGAGAUUUUUAGUGAAGAACAUGAAAAAAAUAGUCACCAUUUCCAUAAAAAUGCUGAAGAUAGUACUAAGAAACACAGUACAGAAACCAUAGUGGAUUCUGAAUAUAAAGCUGACGAAAUUAAGGAAACAAAUGAUACUUGGAAUGCCCAGUCUGGGAAAAGAUCAGAGUCUCCUUCUGAAAGUUGUCCAAGCAAAGGACCUGUAAGAACUGGUUUAUAUGAGUGGGAUAAUGAUUUUGAAGAUAUCAGAACAGAAGACUGUAUUCUGAAUUUGAAUAGUGAUUCUCUUUUGGAGAUGAAGGAUGAGAAUUUAAAAAACCGAUUGGAAAAUCUAAAUGAAGCCAUUGAAGAAGAUAUUAUACAAAGUGUUCUUAGGCCAAGCAACUGUAGGACGUACUGUAGGGCCAAUAAAGCGAAAUCCUCACAGGGAGCAUCAAAUUUCGAUAAGCUAAUGGAUGGCACCAGUCAGGCCUUAGCCAAAGCAAACAGUGAAUCAAGUAAAGAUGGCCUGAAUCAGGCAAAGAAAGGUGGUGUAAGUUGUGGGACCACUUUUAGAGGAACAGUUGGACGGACUAGAGAUUACACUGUUUUACAUCCAUCUUGCUUGUCAGUUUGUAAUGUUACCAUCCAGGAUACAAUGGAACGGAGUAUGGAUGAGUUCACGGCAUCCACUCCUGCAGAUUUAGGAGAGGCUGGCCGGCUCAGGAAAAAGGCAGAUAUUGCAACUUCCAAGACCACUACUAGAUUUCGACCUAGUAAUACUAAAUCCAAAAAGGAUGUUAAACUUGAAUUUUUUGGUUUUGAAGAUCAUGAUGAGACAGGAGGUGAUGAAGGGGGUUCUGGAAGUUCUAAUUACAAAAUUAAAUAUUUUGGCUUUGACGACCUCAGUGAAAGUGAAGAAGAUGAUGAUGAUGACUGUCAAGUGGAAAGAAAGACAAACAAAAAAAGAACUAAAACAGCUCCAUCACCUUCCCUGCAGCCUCCCCCUGAAAGCAAUGACAAUUCCCAGGAUAGUCAGCCUAGUACUAAUAGUGCAGAAAACUUGGAUUUUACAGAGGACUUGCCUGGUGUGCCUGAGAGUGUGAAGAAGCCCAUAAAUAAACAAGGAGAUAAAUCCAAGGAAAAUACCAGAAAGAUUUUUAGUGGCCCCAAACGGUCACCUACAAAAGCUGUAUAUAAUGCCAGGCAUUGGAACCAUCCAGACUCAGAAGAACUGCCUGGACCACCAGUAGUAAAACCUCAGAAUGUCACAGUGAGGCUGUCUUCAAAGGAACCAAAUCAAAAAGAUGAUGGAGUUUUUAAGGCUCCUGCACCACCACUCAAAGUGAUAAAAACUGUGACAAUACCUACUCAGCCCUACCAAGAUAUAGUUACUGCACUGAAAUGCAGAAAAGAAGACAAAGAAUUAUAUACUGUUGUUCAGCACGUGAAGCACUUCAAUGAUGUGGUGGAAUUUGGUGAAAAUCAAGAGUUCACCGAUGACAUUGAAUACUUGUUAAGUGGCUUAAAGAGUACUCAGCCUCUAAACACACGUUGCCUUAGUGUUAUUAGCUUGGCUACUAAAUGUGCCAUGCCCAGUUUUCGAAUGCACCUGAGAGCACAUGGGAUGGUUGCAAUGGUCUUUAAAACCUUGGAUGAUUCUCAGCACCAUCAGAAUCUGUCCCUCUGUACAGCUGCUCUCAUGUACAUAUUGAGUAGAGAUCGUUUGAACAUGGAUCUUGAUAGGGCCAGCCUAGAUCUCAUGAUUCGACUCUUGGAACUGGAACAAGAUGCUUCUUCAGCUAAGCUACUGAAUGAAAAAGAUAUGAACAAGAUCAAAGAAAAAAUCCGAAGACUCUGUGAAACUGUGCACAAUAAGCAUCUUGAUCUAGAAAAUAUAACGACUGGUCAUUUAGCUAUGGAGACAUUGUUGUCCCUUACUUCCAAACGAGCAGGAGACUGGUUUAAAGAAGAGCUCCGGCUUCUGGGUGGUCUGGAUCAUAUUGUAGAUAAAGUAAAAGAGUGUGUGGAUCAUUUAAGUAGAGAUGAGGAUGAAGAGAAACUAGUAGCCUCUUUAUGGGGAGCAGAGAGAUGUUUACGAGUUUUAGAGAGUGUAACAGUGCAUAAUCCAGAAAAUCAAAGCUACUUGAUAGCCUAUAAAGAUUCACAACUCAUUAUUUCAUCAGCUAAAGCAUUACAGCAUUGUGAAGAACUAAUCCAGCAGUAUAACCGUGCUGAGAACAGCAUAUGCAUAGCAGACAGUAGACCUCUGCCUUACCAGAAUGUAACUAACCACGUGGGCAAAGCAGUGGAGGACUGCAUGCGGGCUAUCAUUGGGGUAUUGCUCAAUUUAACUAAUGAUAAUGAGUGGGGCAGCACGAAGACAGGAGAACAAGAUGGACUUAUAGGCACAGCCAUGAACUGUGUCCUUCAGGUUCCCAAGUACCUACCUCAGGAGCAGAGAUUCGAUAUUCGAGUGCUGGGAUUGGGUCUACUGAUAAAUCUGGUGGAGUAUAGUGCCCGGAAUCGACACUGCCUUGUCAACAUGGAAACAUCCUGUUCUUUUGAUUCUUCUUUCUCUAGUGGAGAAGGAGAUCAGAGUUUAAGGCUAGCUGGACAAGUUCAUGCUGUUCAGGCAUUAGUACAGCUAUUUCUCGAACGAGAGCGAGCAGCACAGUUGGCAGAAAGUAAGACAGAUGAAUUGAUCAAAGAUGCUCCCACCACUCAGCACGAUAAGAGUGGAGAGUGGCAAGAAACAAGUGGAGAAAUACAGUGGGUGUCAACGGAAAGGACUGAUGGUGCAGAGGAGAAGCAGAAGAAGGAGGAGGAGGAUGAAGAACUCGAUCUCAAUAAAGCCCUUCAACAUGCUGGCAAACACAUGGAGGAUUGCAUCGUGGCCUCCUACACAGCCUUGCUUCUUGGGUGUCUCUGCCAGGAAAGUCCCAUCAAUGUAACUACAGUGAGGGAAUACCUUCCAGAAGGAGAUUUCUCAAUAAUGACAGAAAUGCUUAAAAAAUUCUUAAGCUUCAUGAAUCUUACUUGUGCUGUUGGAACAACAGGCCAGAAGUCUAUCUCUAGAGUGAUUGAAUAUUUGGAACAUUGCUAGCUGCUUUACCUUUGCUUCAGGUGCUUGGUAAUGCUGGAGCUAUCCUUAGACAAAGAAAAGUCAUGAAAGAAGUCCUUGAAGAUAUACCAAGAACAUUCAUCAGUAUCAUUCGUGUUUGGAUUUUUAUGACCACCCGAUUUCUUCAUCAUCAUGCAUUCUGCAUUUGCUAAAUGACAGUUACUACAUCAAUCUGCAGCUAUCAAAAAUGAGGGAAAGGUUCAGGCUGUUAACAGUCCCAUGCAGUAUUUGAAUACACUUACUUGGCAGAGUCUAUACCUCCCCUCGGUUCCUUGCUUCUUCUUAGCAAGGUUGAAAGGGGGAACUUGCUGCUGUUAGUGCAACUGCUGUGUAUGUGGAGCCACUGUUGUCAUGGCAGUCAGGUGCAAAGGCAGCUUAGCUACUGAGGUAGUGAAUGUUCGAGGACAUUCGAGACAACAGCUUAGUUCCUUUUUCAGGCUCAUUUGCUUUUGCUUUUUGUUGAAUGAUUCCAAUCGUAAAUAAAGCUUUUAAUAAUUUUGUGAA